CGCGAAUACGACGCCGGUGUUGAAAGGCCACGGGAUGAUGCCCAGUUGCAACCACGCCAGCCGCGUUACACUUCUUUCUUGUCCACUCUCAUCAUUCAACGGCGUCCCAUUCAAUGUCCAGCGCACGAUAAACCACUGGGCCGAUCCGACAUCCACUCUGCGACCUCGACUUGCCGCUGGGAAACACGUCACCCGCCCUCAACGUCAUCCCCUAUGAGCCCAGUCUCCUCCUCCGACCUUCAUUCCCUCCUUCUGAGCCCAUGAAACACUCCACAUCGCCGUGAGAGCAGAACGCCUGACAUUCGACAUGUCCUCUUUCGCAAGCUCCUUCUGGACACCCGAUUACGCAGCUGGCCUGGGCGUAUUGUUUGGCAAGCUCCAGCAAGGCGUGCAAGAGAAUGAACAACUACUCACGAUAGCACGCAUGCGUGCGGAGGCGGAGGACUUGUAUGGACAACGCCUUGGCGAUAUCGAAGGGGCUACGAAUCGAAUUGAUGGUGGGUUCCAGAGAGACGAUGGCGCUACGGUCAAAAAGGCCUACGAGGGCGUGCGCACGGAGAUGAGCGAGGCUGCCCGUAACCACCGCAAGAUUGCCUCGAACAUUCGCGAACUGGUCGUCAAUCCCUUCAGCCGCUGGUGCGACCAGCAUGCUGCGCGGGUGCAGAAUAGCCAGGACGACCUCCAGUCUCGUAUUCGCACGCACGACCGCCAAGCGGAGACUGUCAAGCAAUACCGCAGCGCAUACUUCAACAAGUGUAGGAGGGUGGAGGACUUGGAGGAAGAAGACAAGCUUGCCUUUCAAGAUCCGAGUGCAGCGGCUACGACCGGCUCGCCCAAGGCCGCCCCUCCGCCCCAAAGCGUGCCCAGCAUCAAGGUCGAUGAAGACGACGAUGAAGAGCCCGAGCCCGUGGAACUCGGCGACCAAACCUACAUGCCCGAACAGGUGAAAAGGCUGCUCACGCACGCGCUGGAACACGUCAGGCUGGGCGAAGCCAAAGUACCUAUAUUGGGCACAUAUGAAAAUGUAACGACUGGUGCGGAGAUUGUGGAAUACAUCCAGAAGCACAUGGGCGGCGGCUCUACUGUUGCCUAUGCCGAAAAGAUUGGACAGGAUCUGAUCAACAAUGGUUUCUUGCGCCUCAUCGGCAACAUGGGGAGCACAUUUGCGAACAGCAGCAAGAUGAACUAUCAAUGGCGCACCAAAGUGUUUCAGAUCACCGGCAUUCCCGAAAAGCGUUCGCGCCUGCCCGGCCGAACCUUCACCCUGGCAUCGUCUCACGACUCGGCUUCGACCCCGCAGAGCCCCGUCAUUGGCGACCGAGUCAGUGAGAUGUGGUCCAGCAAUUGGAACCCCUUGAACAACCAGUACCCCAACGAAACGCCGGGCGAAAAACUUCGGCGCGAAGCGAAGGAGGCUGAUGACCGAUACAAAGCUGCGGUGCGAAGGCUGGACACUUUGCGAUGCAACUUGGAAGAGGAGAUCAUCAGCCAUCUGAAGUAUAUGGAGCGCUGUGAGCUGGACAGGCUCAAAGCCAUCAAAAGCGUGGUCCUUGAUUUCUCGGGCGCGAUUGGCAAUGUCAUCCCCAGCCUCCAAAGCGGCGUGGACAAGAUGAUGUUGUUCCAAGAGACCGUGCAGCCGCUGGGCGACUCGCGAUAUCUGCUGGAAAACUACCGCACCGGGACUUACGCUCCUCGCGUGGUAGUGUACGAGAACUACUACAAUCAGGUCGAUGAACAGACCUUUGGUGUCGACAUUGAGGCACGCGCUCGUGCGGACCGCAAGCGCGUGCCGUUGAUUGUCACAACCAUCCUCACCUUCCUUGACUCCCACUACCCGGACCUGGAGGGCGAUGCGGCGCGCCGCAACAUUUGGAUUGCGGAAGUGCCUCUGCAGCAGACCCACCACCUCCGCAAUCGCGUCAACACCGGCAAAGCGAUCCCGAUGGAAGUGCUUGAGGAGUACGAUAUGGCAACCGUGGCCGCCCUCCUGAAGUUGUACUUGCUCGAACUCCCCGACAGCCUGGUCAGCUCGCACGUCUACGAAAUUGUGAAGACGACAUACACUUCGACGCAAUCGAGUUCCGAUCAGGCACGCAUUCAGGUCUUGCAGUCUACCCUCGGCCAGCUGCGUCUGGCCAACAUUGCCACCCUCGACGCGCUGAUCACACAUUUCACUCGGCUCAUUGAGCUGAGCAGCGCGGACGAAGCAUACAUUUCUGCAUUGGCCAACACUCUCGCCCCUUGCAUCAUGCGGCCGAAGCAAGAAAGCGGGCUGAGCAUCUCCGAAAAGUACAACGUCCGUUUGAUUCGCGAUCUGUUUGCGCACAAAGACGCAGUCUUUAGCGAGUUGAAGCGGCAGUCCAGCCUCACCCAUUCCGUCUCAGGCACGCGGCCCAACCGCGCCGUUAGCACCGAUGAGUCCAAGCGCAAGGAAGCCAUGGAGGAACGCCACCGAGCCAUUGCAGCCGCACAGCAUGCCCAGGCAUCGGCGGGGAGCAACAGAAGUCGGCAGCCAAGCCCCGGGCCCGGAUCCAGGGUUCCCCUGACCGAUGGGGGCUCGCAUCGGAGAGAUCGGAGUCGAGGACCAGAGACCAGGUUCCCUAUUUCCACGGCGUCUGUCACCUCCCCAACUUCCUCGUCUACAUCCUCCAACCCCCGAGACAGCUUGAACAGGGAGAAUCUGAACGUUCCCGGCAGUCCGCCCACGACACGACAGCAGCAGACGACGUCGACCGCAUCGCCACCAAAGCCAGACACGGCGAGAGCGAACGGCAACAUCCAUCAACCGCCCCCUGCAGAGCCAGAGAAUACGAUAGCAGCAACGAUUGCGUCGACAUCCGUGGAAACUCCCACGCGCGAGCGCAGCGCCACCGAUUCCACAAGACGCAUCAAUACUUUGCCAAAAAUGCCCGCUACCGUGCAAAACCCGGCUAGCGAAUACACUCCCGCGCACGCCUACAGCCAAAGCGUCGACUCGGCUUCGACAUCGGCUGCCAGUACGAAAGGAGCAGCGCCUUCGAGCACAGCGGAGGUGCAAAAGAAAGACAGUCUUGGCCGCCGUGCAGCAUACAAGCCAAAGUCGAGCGUCAAUUUGCAAAGACAGAGCGGCGGCGAGACGCCAGGGGCCAAAACGCCCACGCGCGUCCAGCUCGAGGACAAACCGGUGGAUUUCGAUUAGGCAUUGAGUCCGUGGGGUGACGUCUCGGCCGUCUUGUAGGUGCAUCAGAUACGACUACGAAGACUCUGGUCACAGGUUUAUGGUCAUUGGCCAAUGAGAGGCUGCGUGAGCAUGACUAGAAGACAUA